AUGGCAGACAGCACCAGUCCGGUCCAGCCGUAUGGCUGGCGGAUAUCCAAAGCCUGCCAGGAGUGCCGCAAGCGCAAGAUCAAGUGCGACGGGAGUAACCCGUGCAAAACAUGUCAUCUCCGUAAUACCCCAUGCAUUUACCGUGACAUUAUUCGGCAGCGCAAGAAGAAACAUCAGACCAGACAUGCUGAAGAUGUUUCCACGCGGCCCGAGGACACUGGACGCCAAACGUCCCCUGGUCUGCCGCAACCGCCAGGUCGCCGGAACGAGUCGGUCAGCUAUACAUUCCCCAGCAGUGUCUCCGCCACGCACAUGGCUUCUCCAUCAUGUGAGGUCCAGUUGUACUAUGGGGCAACGUCUCAUUUUUCGAUGAUCAACCGACUUUAUCAGGAUCUCUUUUCAAACCCGACAGCCCAUUCGGAGGAGCCCCAGGGCGAAGUGGAGGAAGCCGGUGCUGGCUUGGAUCUGCUCAGCUUCCGCCGCAUUUUCUUCGGCAUCCCAUCCAGUGUCUCUGAUUCUGGCAAAAGCUCUCUUGCAGUGGGGUCUCCAGUGAUGUUUAUGUCCUAUGAUAUAGCCAAGACCUGCUUGAAGCGAUUUCUGACGACUUUGUAUCACCUGAUGCCUUUCCAGCCAAAGGAAAACUUCGAACGGCAGUUGGAGCGCAUGUACUGCCCCGUUCCAGAUCCUAGCUCUGAGACGUCCAGUACUUCCAUGCUUCUUAUGGCAGUGGCCACGGGCGCGCUGGGAACAGAGCAUUAUGGUUGGGGCGAUGUGCUCUUUGAGCGCGUCAAAUCGUCGAUGGCCGCCUUGGACGACGUGGUGAAUCUCCAUACACACGCUCACUUCCAAAGUGAACAAGGUCGUCCGAAUUCAACAUUCCUUUAUCUUGGGACGGGCGCACGGAAAGCAAUUUCAGCGGGGCUGCACAGGGAUGCCCCUAAUGACGGCGAUGGGACAGCAAAAGGCAUCCAAGAAAGGCGAACGACCUUUUGGUGCCUUUAUUUCUAUGAAACGUGGACAUGCUUUCAUCUGGGACGACCAAGCUCACUUUCUCUGAAAGAUAUUGGCAUAGCAUGCCCUGAUGACCCUUUUCUUCUGGCCCUCGUGCACUUGUCGAGGGUCAUCUCGAGGUCGGUUGAUGAGAUUUAUGGCCAGCGUCAUGAGUCAUUAUUGCAGAUGUGGAGGAUUUCCCGGUCCAUCGUUGAUGACCUUCGUUCUUUCGAGUCUGAAAUGCAACGGGCUCUAGGGUUUGGACUCGAUAAGUGUGCUCAACCAGGAGAACUAGGAGUUCGUCAGACAAUUCUGGUUAUGAUCUACCACCAUGCUGUGCUCCUAACAUUCCGGCCAUUCUUGAUAUUCCGUGGUCGGUGGCGCCACGAUAUGAAAUCAUCGGCUAGGCAAUCAGCUUCCGGGGGAGGAAAUCGACCUACAGAGAUCCCCAUGUGGCUCAAUGAAGCAUGUAAUAUUGCCCUCAAUGCUGCUCGCAGAACAAUUCAUCACCUGUGUGAAGCGUCUAGUGUCAACGGAUUUGUUCGGGAGUUGCGCUACCACGGAUUUUUCAUGGGCAGCGCAUGCUUCACGCUGCUAUACGACCUCCUCCACGAUGAAAACAACUCCCUCGCUCAUUUGCCGUGGGUACAUGCUGGCAUCCGGUGCCUUUCGACCAUGCGACCUGGUGACCCCAUUAUGAGCUCCAUUGCAGGUCUACAGACCGUGUUGAAGAAAAUAAAUCCGCUCUAUGAGUGGAUACCUGAUGAACAGGCGAGAAACAGUUAUGAGGUUGAAAACCCGUUUGUCGCCCCCAUGCGACCAUCUACCAGCAAUGGUCACAACCCCCAGGGUGGCCAUGUCCCAGAAGCUUUCACAAAUGACCUGCUGUCAGGAAUAAACCUUCCUGUGCUGCCAAAUAUGCAGUAUCAAGACGACCAACAGAGAGCCAGUGCCAACGUAGGAGGGGGAGAAGAUCUUCUUGACCUUACGCAAGCCGAUAUGGGAUGGGAUUUUGACUUCUCCACCAUGGAUCUUGAAGAAUUCUUUUCAAUUUAUCCAAGCAUUGGCCAAAAUGCUUCUUGA